AGUGGGAUGGUCCCCGAAUGUCCGUGUAACUCCGGGCGGUGCUGUGCUGUUGUCUAGGUACCUACCUAAUGCGUUGCCCUCGCUGGUGGUAUAUAAGUCACACCGAUUCCAGUCUUUAAGGAAGCAAAUAAAGGGGAAUCAAGAAGGAGAACGAAUAAGAAUAGCAGAACAUAGCCAUCGAAACCAUAACAGGCCAGAACCUCUCAACAUGACGGGCAAGACGAUCCUCAUCACCGGGGCCAACCGAGGAAUCGGCCGCGGCCUGUUCGACCACUACGCCGCACAGCCGGGCAACACCGUCGUCGCCGCCGUGCGUGACCCGACCCGGUGCCGGGCCGAGCUGGAGGCGCAGUCGCCGCGGGGCGCCGGGACCCGCCUGCUCGUCGUGGGGCUCGACGCGACGUCGAGCGCCAGCCCCUCGCGGGCCGCCGACGAGCUGCGCGCCGCGGGCGUCGGGCGCCUCGACGUGGUGGUCGCCAACGCGGGCGUGGGAAAGGUCGCGCGCCUCGAGGACGCGAGCGUCGCCGACGUCGAGACCGUCGUGAAGGUUAACGGGGUCGCGCCGCUGUUCCUGUACCAGGCCAUGCUGCCGCUGAUGCGCGCCGCCGCCGCCGCCGCAAAGGACGCGGGCGAGGAGGGGGCGACGUUGCCCGUGUUUGCGCUCAUUAGCUCGGGCGGCGGCAGCAUCGCCGAGGCGGCGACGAGCGACGCGUUCGCGCUCGGCGUGUACGGCGGGUCCAAGGCGCUCGCCAAUUUCUUGACCGUCAAGAUGGGCGCCGAGAACGACUGGCUGAUCACGCUCUGCAUCGCGCCCGGACUUGUCGCGACCGACAUGGCCAAGUUGGCCGAGGACUCCGGUAUCGAUUUCAAAGUGGUUGGCAAAACGCCACAAGCCUGCGCCGAGAACACCGCCCACAUUAUUAAGAACGCGACCAAGGAAGAGCAUUCUGGCAAGUUUUUCAACGAGACGAUCGACAAGUUCCACGCGUGGUAGAAAGGCGGACUUGGGUCUGGAAAAAAAGGAAAGAUACAAUGCGUUCUGGCGCGCUACCUAUUAUGCCUCUAGUGCUAGAUAUUCGGUCAACAUCGAUAUCAAAUCCUCCGCCCCUCGGUCUCCCCCAAGCAUGCUCGAGGGGCCAAACACUCCAAUGUCCAGGCCACCCUCGUGACCCAGGGCCGCUUCGAUAUCGAUUGUGUCCUGUCGUCAUGAUAGCGUCAGUAAUGGGUCCGGAUUUAUGAUGUAGUAAAAAAGAAAAGAAAAAUAAAGGGGUUCUCUCACGGGAAACGCUUCUCGGACCACGUUGUUCUCCAGAAUAAGCUGACCGCAUGGCUUCGUCCCGAAAGGCGCCGAGGCGGGCAG